GUCCCGCAGAGAGAAGAAAAGGCUUCAUCCCAAGUUUUCGGGGACUUCAGCGUCCCAGCAGCUGUCGAUACCCCGGGUCCUCAGUCUGGCGACCCCUAGACGGCCCCCAAUCCAGCCCCAAAACUUCAGGCACCUCCUGAUGUCGCGUCCCUUGGGGACCCUCCGGGAGCCCGAGGACUGCCCCAGCUCCUCUGCGUUCUAAAGCUUCUUGCUUCCUUGACUGUCUCCCGGCCCCGCAAGACCCCUGCCAUGGCCCGGUCGUACGGCGGCCGGGUGCUGGCCGCGAUGACCCUGCUGGGCAUUCCCGCGGCGGUGCUGGCGGCCCUGGCCGCGCAGCUGCUGUUCCAGCUGCAGGCGGGACGCGCUGAGCUGCGGGGGCCGCGCGCCGACGUGCUGGGCCCGGAGCUGGGCACCGGCCCGAGGCUGCCCGAGGACGCGGCCGGGGCGCUGCUGCCGCUGGCCGCCGCGCUGGCCGCGCUCGCCCUGGUGCUCGGCCUCACCUGCCUGCUCCUCGCGGCGCUCUGUGGCCACCUGGGCGCGGAGCUGGCGCGAGGACCCAGCCCUGGCAGGUCCGACUGGUUUCUCUACGACUGCCGCCACCUCCGGCACGUGGCCCUUGGCCUCUUCUGCUGUGGGGUCUCUGUCUACCUGGCAGCGCUGUCCAUCUAUGCCCUGCUGCUUUUCGAGAUUGAGACAGGCGCCGCGGCUGCCUCCAUCCUGGGCUCCGGUGCCCUGGUUCUGGUGGCCAUUCUGACCCACACCCUGCUCCGGGCUGCCCGGGCCACCCACCGUGGUCUCCAUGAACUGUCCCCACCUUCCUUUGAAGAUAAUUCUGCACGCCCUGCCGAAGCCUCCAAGGACAGCCCCAGGGCUCAGCCCCAGCAUGGUAUCCACCGUCGGACCCCAUAUUCAUUCUGCCUGGAGCUUGGGGACCCCCUUAGGACCAUGGCCACUGCCACAGCACCCAAAUCCCUGGGGGGAGGCCGGGAGAGCAGCCUGCCUACACCCCGCGUGCACCGGACACUGUCGACUGGCAUGGGGCCCUGGGAGGGGGUCACUCAAGAGAUGCGGAGCAUGCUGGGCCACAGACCAAGGGCCACAGGAAAGGACUCAACGCUGGUGUGAACCUGAGAAUCAGGAAUAGAUAACUGGUGUAAGGUAGCAAGAAGCAGCUAUCAUAGAGAUAGGUCCAGGCUCAGCUGCAGUAGCAGUAAGACUUGAUUUCUCUUACAGUUUACAUCAUCCCUGGUUAUGGUCUUUAAGAUUGCCUCAUGGUACAAAAUAGCUACCAGGGCUCCAGCCUUUAUCUCCCCACAAGGAGGGAAAGUCAAAGUCCAAGGCUGGCUCAGAGUCUCCUGAAAGUCUGCCUAUGAGGCUUUGGGGCCCUUCUGCUUACCUCUCACUAGCCAGAACAGAGUCCCAAGACCAGAUCUCCAUGCAGGGAGGCUGGGAAAUCUGGUUGCCCAGAAUGAAUGAAGUUCUGUUCCAGGUAGGAGGGGAGGCUGGGGCUUAGGCAGUGAUUCUCUAAGUGUCUCCAUCC